AUGAAACCGGCUUCCCUGAAAUCGUUCACGCCACCAGUGGUGCGCACGUUGACCCUGGGUACGACCGGCCUGGUGUCGCGAAUCAGGGCGGCGCAGCAGCGCGCUGGCAAGGUCCCCAGCAGCGGCGGCAACGACAGCGGCGGCAGCAGUGGCGUGUGCGAGGCGCUGUGGCGCGCUGCACGGCUGUGCGACCGAUACCUGCUUGCUGCGGCCGCACGGCGCAGCGGCUGUGGCUGCGAGGCGGGCAGCAGCGGCGUUGUCAGCAGCGGUGAGCCGGUGCUGCACUGCGGCAGCGGCGGCUGUGCCCUCGACUUGGCGGCCUUGAAGGAGGAGAUCCGGCGUGUGGUGCUGCGCCACGACCAGGCAGCCCCCCGACACAGCUGCGCCGACGGCAGCGGCAGCCAGGGCGAUGGACGCGUCACCCACGGGCGCGCUGCGUCCAAGGCUCCCACUGGGCGUGCGUCGUGCAAGGGCCAACAGCACGAGCAGCGGCAGAGGCGCGGAGAGCGCGCCGAUGUGGACGGGCAGCCAGAACAGCAGCAGCAGCUGCUGCCGCAGCAGCAGGCCGCACUGGGCGGAGCCACGAGUCAAGUGAUUGGUGUGCGGACAAGGGGAGCAGGAAGGUUGGCGCGGCCGAACGCUGUGGUCGGCGCCCCUCCCUUGGCGCCUGUGCCCGCCGACCUUCCGACUGUCCUGAUCCCGGUCAAGGCCUGCCUCCUGGAGAACGACUUUACCAGGAUCACACGCAUCCAGGAGCGCCAGGCGGCGGACGACGCGGAGGCACGUGCGCGCGGCCGUGCAGCGGCGCGCGAGGCGACACGCGCGCUGUUGGCGGCGCAGCUGGAGGAGGCCGCGGCGCGGCGGCGGUCCGAGGCGGAGCGGCGGGGGAGGGAGGUGCGGGAGAUGGACGAGCGGAUCGGGAAGGUCAGGGCUGAGGAGGAGGCGGAGGCGGUCGCGGCAGCUGCGCGUCAAGCGGCGCUCAGGGAGCGGCUGGCGGGGCAGGCUCGCGAGGCGGCAGAGCGGCGACGGGAGGAGGCCGAGGCAGCGGCCCGCGAGGCGGCACUUGAACGCGCAGAGCUGCAGGCGCAGGCGGCCGCCGAGCGCGCGGCUGCGGAGCAGCGCGCGGCGGAGGAGCGGGCUCGUCUGGCAGCGUUCGCCGCGGCGCAGGAGGUGGCUGCCGCCACCAAGCAGGCGGCCGCGGCUGCCAGGCUUGAGGCCGAGCAGAGGUUCAACCGGGAGUGCAUGGCGGCGAUGGACGAGGCGCAGCGAUGGCGCGACACGGCAGUGGAGGCGCGGCGAGAGCAGCAGCGGCAGCGCUUCCUGGCCGGUGGGGGGCAACGCCUCGAGGCCGAGGGUGUGGCGCGGCGCGCAGCGGAGGAGCGGUCCACCGCGCAGGCGCUGGCGGCCGAGGAGGCGCGGCAAGCAGGGGAAGUUGCACGGCGGAAGGCAGACGAGCGGGCGCGGGCGCUGCAGACGGUGCAGACGCUUCAGCAGCAAAUGGCAUUGAAGGAGGCCCGCCGCGUGGAGGAGGCUGCCGCGAAGGCUGCCGAGGCGGCCGCUGCCGCAGCGUCCCGCGCCGCCGCCGUGGCCGAUGCAAAGCGUGCCAAGGCGGCCGCAAAGCGUGAAAAGGCGGCGCUGUUUGCGGCGCAGACACGGGAGGUCGCUGCCUUCAAGCAGCGGAAGCUGGUGGAGCUGAACGAGCCUUUGAAAGAGUGCGACAGAUGGGUGCACGCGCCCGUCAUGGAGGGCCGCCAGCGCGGGUUCGCGCUGUGA